GAAAUCCUCCUCGGUCCUCCUCGGUCCUCCUCCCUGGCUGUCAGAUUAGAGUUUAAUCCUCCCGGAGGAGGAGGAGGAGGCGUUGAGAAGGACCUGCAUAAGCGCAGCAGACGGAGGGAGUCUCCCCGCGGAAGUGCGUGCUUUUUCCUCACAACUCACCACUGGCACAUGCAGUUCCUUUCAGCCGCUGCCUGUUUCUAUUCACCUUGUUUUUAUUAAUUUAUUUUUUAAUGACAUUUCAGUGACUGUGUCAAAAUGAGCGCCUGGAGUUUUUGAACCAGUUGAACCAGGUCCAAGCAAAGAUGUCUGGAAAAGAUAAAGACAAAGACAAGGAGAAACAGUCCACCACGGAGCGGCUGGUAAAAGCUGUCCCAUAUCCUCCACAACAUAAGCUGACCACGAAAGAGCUAUAUGAAAAUGGUAAACCCAAUCCUGAGCUGCUCCGCAGCCACCUGGUGAAGGAAGGCAGGGUGGAGGAGGAAGCGGCUCUCAAAAUCAUCAAUGAUGGGGCCAACAUCCUUCGUCAGGAGAAGUGCAUGCUGGAAGUAGAUGCACCUAUAACAGUAUGUGGUGAUGUCCACGGGCAGUUCUUUGACCUUAUGAAGCUGUUUGAAGUUGGGGGAUCUCCCAGUAACACGCGGUAUCUCUUCCUUGGCGACUACGUAGACCGAGGAUACUUCAGUAUCGAGUGUGUUCUUUACCUGUGGUCACUGAAGAUCAGUCACCCCUCAACCCUCUUCCUCCUGCGUGGGAACCACGAGUGCCGGCACCUCACAGAAUACUUCACCUUCAAACAGGAAUGUAAAAUUAAAUACUCUGAACGGGUGUAUGAUGCCUGUAUGGAAGCCUUCGACUGCCUGCCCCUUGCUGCUCUUCUCAAUCAGCAGUUCCUGUGUGUACAUGGGGGACUCUCACCAGAAAUCAACUGCUUAGACGACAUAAGGAAGUUAGACAGGUUUAAGGAGCCUCCAGCGUUCGGGCCGAUGUGCGACCUGAUCUGGGCCGACCCCGGUGAGGAUUACGGCAGUGAAAAGACAUCUGAGCACUUCAAUCAUAACUCCGUCAGAGGCUGCUCGUACUUCUUCAGUUACGCAGCAGUUUGUGACUUUUUGGUAAAUAAUAACCUCCUGUCAGUAAUAAGAGCCCACGAAGCACAAGAUGCAGGGUACCGGAUGUACAGAAAAAGCCAGACCACAGGUUUCCCUUCAUUAAUCACAAUCUUCUCAGCUCCAAAUUACCUAGACGUCUACAACAACAAAGCUGCUGUAUUAAAGUACGAGAACAAUGUGAUGAACAUCCGGCAGUUCAACUGCUCCCCCCACCCGUACUGGCUGCCCAACUUCAUGGACGUCUUCACUUGGUCUUUGCCUUUUGUUGGGGAGAAAGUGACAGAAAUGCUGGUGAACGUCCUGAACAUUUGCUCCGAUGAUGAGCUCAUGUCAGAAGGAGAUGACCUUUAUGAAGGCGGCUCGUCAGCGCUGCGGAAGGAGGUGAUCCGGAACAAGAUCCGUGCUGUGGGGAAAAUGGCGCGGGUCUUCUCAGUUCUCAGGGAGGAGAGUGAGAGCGUGCUGACGCUCAAGGGCCUGACCCCGACUGGAACUCUCCCUCUAGGGGUUUUGUCAGGAGGAAAGCAGACUAUAGAAAAUGCUACCGUUGAGGCUAAAGAAAAAGCUAUUGAAGGCUUCUCCCCCACAAGGAAGAUUCGCAACUUCGAGGAGGCCCGGGGUCUGGACAGAAUAAAUGAGAGGAUGCCACCGCGCAAAGAUGGCCAGCAGCCAGACGGCACAACCAUCAACACAAAUACCAACAAGAACGGCACUGACGGAUAAGCAGCAGAGACAGCACCCUCUCAUCUUCACAUCACCCACAACACCUGACUCCCAGCAUCCUUCUGUGUUCUCUCCACCCGUCUCCUCCCUCCCUUCCUCUCCAUACGUUCGUCUGUCUCCUCUGCUGAACCUGCCUGUGCAUCUUCUCUUCUCCCACAAACGGGUGGAGAACGGGAGCAGACACAUCCGUGGCUGCAGUGCUGGGUCAACACGUCCCAACUCCUCCACAGGAGGAAAACAUACAAGGAAAAAGACAUGAUGAAUGAUGGGACUUUCAUAUGACAAAACUAAUUUAUUGAAGAUGAAAUAUAUUAGUUUCAUAGAAACAAAUUUUUGGCUAAAGUUAUCUUACAGCCGUUCAAAUGUGUAUCAACACUGAACUUGUAUGUAAAAAUUAUACACAAAAAGGAGAUAAUUUUAUAAAUGGAUAUUGAAAGAGGGAUUUCUUGUUAAGUCACUUUAGGUUUGUAUUUUGUUUUUUUAAUAUUCAAAUGUUCUGUAAGGGAAAAGUCCAACAACCUCAUGUGGUUUGGUGUUGGAAGGUCUGUAUACAGGGCUGUCUUUGUUUAUUUUAUGUUAUAAGAUAAGUGGAGAAGAUCGGGGUAGACAAACAAGAUAAGGGAAGUAAAUUCUUUCAGAUUAAGGUUAAUAACUACAAAUGAACCUUUUAUAUUUAAAGUUUCCAAAAACAAACUCUUAUUCAUACAUUUCCAAGUAAUCCCCAAAGACACAGAAUUGUUUUUUUGUUAAGUAUUUUGUUCAUGUCAGUUGUUUUAUCAUUUCUGAAUGGUGUGGUUGAUGUGCAAGGUUAGGGCUUCAUGUGCAGUCGUCGUUUGUGUUGCUAGUGCGACCUCUGCUGGUGCGACCUCUGCUGGUGCGACCUCUGCU